GUGGUUUUAUAUUCAACUUCUACCUCCCAUAUUUCUGCAGUACUUGAUUUUACACACAGAAUGUUCAACAGAACCCCCCCUAAGUGUGCAAUCUUCUCGACUUUGGGUAUAAGUAUCUUACUUAUAGGGGGCCUUGCUUGGCUUUCAAUUGAAUUGUUUGAUGAUUACCCAGGAGUUGCAUUACCUUGGGAUAUGCCUAAUCAACAUAACACUACCAACGAACCAUCAGAAAGUGAGAGAACAACAGAGUCAAGUGCAAUAUUUGACAUGGGGAGCACUACUGAAACGGUAAAAGCAGAAAGCACUAUUGAAACGGUAAAAGCAGAAAGCACUGCUGAAACGGUAAAAGCAGAAAGCACUGCUGAAACGGUAAAAGCAGAAAGCACUGCUGAAACGGUAAAAGCAGAAAGUACUACUGAAAUGGUACAAGCAGAGAGCACUACUGAAAUGGAAAUAGGAAAUGAUACAUAUGUAAGCAAUACCAAUAUAUGGAAAUCUCCUACAGAAGGUACCAUUAUUCAACUGAACUAAGUAUUUGAAGCAGAGAAGGGAGGAAUUGCUAAAGUUGAGACAGGGUACAGCAGAAAAAAUAGCUUUAAACAGUGCUGAACCAGGCCCUUUGUCUAAAACUGUAGUUAGGGCCUGGUUUCUCCUUGUCCAAAGCUGUAGACACAGCCAAGCCAAACUUUGAAAGAAUUAGUCAAGAGGCUGGAGUUGCAUCUGGAAGAAGUACAACUGGAGCAGGAUCAUGAAAGUAGCAGUUCUCUCAAAGUUAAUAUUUUGUGCAUUUAGUGAUUUGAUUAAAUUAUAAAACAAGAAA